AUGAAAAAAGGCAAACUCCUCGCGCUAUCCCAGAGAGGCGAAGUGUGCAGGCAGAGGCGGAACUGCCUGUUCGUCCUUGCCAUGAGGAGGAGAUACGAGCACAUGAGGACAGUUCUGAAGGAAAGCCAAACAACGCAAGACGAUGCAUACAAAGAGGAAAAAAUAAGUGAAUCGAUUAAACAAGGAGAUAAACAAACGCGAAACAAAGAACGAGAAAAUAUUUUAAACUAUUAUGAUGAGAAUAAAAAUGUGAUAAAGACAACUAAUUACAUCUUGAGGGAACACUUAAGUCGUUUCAUUUAUAUAAACCAGAGGAACUGUUUUUAUAACUACUUUUACAAUGCCUUCCCAUCUGUCCUGAAUAAUUAUUUGAGACAGGUUAAAAGGGGAAGAGAAAAAACCGCCUUGGGGGACAUUUCCACGAAGAACGGUGGCAAGGUUGCUGAGGCAGGAGCCGAUUAUCAUGCCGCUUCCAUCUCGUGUACCUCCCCAAAUGAUGCUUUUGCCCCAAGCAGUAAUGAGGAAGCGAAGCGAACCCUAGGCAUUCUACAAUACUACAAUGCACACACGAAACACGAAAUGGAGGAAGACAAUUUUGUCGACUUCAUUAGCCAAAAGGUAAACUGCCUUAACAAUGCGCAAGAAUUUUUAAGAAGCAUAAAUGACAACGUAAACUGGCGCAGUAUCAGGAUGAAGAGUGCACAUCUGAAAAAGCUGGAGGGGAUUUUCCAUAACAUAAUGGAACGUACAAAUGAUACAAACGAUGUAAAUAAAAAAGUAGAAAUUUUAUUGUACUUGUCUAAUGUGUGUAAUGAGAAUGCCUUUCCCAAGAUCCACGAAGGGGUUAAAAAACGUAUACAAGAAAUUUAUGAACAUAUAAAAAAAAAAAACAAAAAAGGGGUAGAUGAAUUGUACAUUUUAUUCCUCUUAUAUAAACAAUUCCUCUCCUCAAAAAGUGAAAAAUAUGCAAACAUGAACGUGGAAACGUAUUUGUCCGAAGAAAUUUCCUUCUACAAUUAUUUAAAAAAUGAAAAUAUAAAUAUGUGUCUGUUGAGUUUAAUAUAUCGCGAUUUGUCUUUUCUCAAAAAUGACCAAGUCAAAUAUGUCCUCAUGAAUUUAGCCUUUUCCAAAAUGAAAGAUUCGAUUUUUUUCUCCAAAGCAGCGGAACUCCAAGGUAGUAACAACCACGGUGGGAGUAAAAAUCCAAGUGUUCUCGACCCAGCCAGGGGAGCAAAUGCGCAUACCAACUUGGUACUACCAUUCUUCACGAACACACUUCUGCGAAACAACUUUCUCCAAUUUCUACAAAAUGAUUAUAUAAGUUCUCCACAUACCACCGUGAACUACACAACUAGGCUAAACCCGACCAAUGUGAAUAAUUAUAUUUUUUACAAUUUGCUCAUCUCAAUUGUUCAACUGAAGGAGUCACAGGCCAAAUGGAAUGAUGCUAUAAUGAAAAAGAAAAUGCAGCUUUUUCUCUGCAUUGACAAAAGCAACACACCAGUAAACCAAUUAUGGGAGAUGAAAAAUUAUUCUAAUCACAUGAACGAUUUUAUUCUAAAUAAUGUCCUUUUCUUUACUUCCCAUUUUGUCAAACAUAAAAUAAAUUUCGCACCUAACAUGUACCUCUACAUUCUCAACGUAUACUGCGACCUGUUCGAUACGAUGAAAGGCUUAGAGCUUUACGCGGGUAUUAAAAAAAAAAAAAACCUACUCAGCGACAGCAAGCAAAUUGUUAAUUAUGUAAUUAACGAAAUAUAUAAACAGAUUAAUUUAUAUACCCUUAAAGAAUUCGUUGCUCUCUGUGCCAUGAUUGAUAAGCUACCUCCAAGUUUCACCUUCGAGCUGAAGAACGACGCUGACCAUUUGCGCCUUAAAAUGAAUAAUACCUUCUACAAACACGGCAAAGGGGAAAAGGCAGAAACAGCCCUGAAAGAGGAGGGAAGCGCACACUUACGCCGUAUUUUGUACGUUCCUUAUUGCCAAGCGGGGAGGAAGACCACCGAACGGGCCACAGGACAAGAAAUCGCUGCAGAGGGUGAGGAGGGGCCCAUUUUGGAUCAGCACACCGGUGCAACUCUUGGUAAGCACGAAAUGGACUCCCCGUAUCAGACAAAAGAAAGCCGCACGGACAAAAAAAAUUCACCAAAUUAUGUCAACGCCCCUUCCGCUGCUCUCUCCAAUGGCGUGUCUCAUUUAGGCAAACCAGCGGAGGAACCGCUCACCAGCAGACACGUGAACACCAAAGCGAAGAAAAAAUCGACCAUAAUAAAUAAACGCGACUUCACCAUUUUGAUAGCCCUCUCCCUUUUCAACGAAAUUAAUGACGAGUUUAUUGUCCACAUAAAGCAAAAAGAGGGGAUCCCGGCAAGUGCUGUAAACAUGACCAAAUCUGAUGACGCCAUGUUCGAGCACAUUUACAAAAAUCAUUAUGAAGCCUUUCUGCGCAAUUCCGACUUAUACAUAAACCAUGUGCAGAAAAAUUACGACCAAGACACAGCAGAACAGCUACUAAACUAUUUUAUCCUUUUCACACACAUAAGCCAGUUGGAUGUUUCCGACCUGUGUGUCCUUAUGAACAUCAUGAAGGAGAUUAACAAAUUGCAGCCCUUCGUCGAUUUUUUCAUUGCCAAGCGAGUUGAAGAAUUGUUGAUGGAGAAAGGCAUUGGAGGUGGUGAACAGAGUCGUUCCCACCUCGAGUCAGAAAAGAAGGGGAAGAAUUACCACUUCACGGACUCCUACUUGGAUGACUACAUAUCUAGGAUUAGUGACAGGGCAAAAACGCACCAUGAGGGACCAGUGGCAUCUGUCCAAAGGCAUAAUGAAAGCAUCACACAAUGGAAGAACCAUUUUGACGAUAUGAACCUUAAUACGCAUUCAAUGUAUACAGCUAACUUUGAAAAAUAUUAUCACAACUAUGACAUGUGUAGCAGUGUACUUAAUCUCUUCCUCUUGGUGGACCCCACCAGCUACACAAAUCGCGCCAUUGCAAAGUUCCUCCCAUAUGUCAGCCUGAACCAGAUAGACAUUUUUAAAAUUAACUUGGACCACUUUUUAAUUAGAGGAGGAAGAGAAAAGGGGCAAGAAAGUCGUACAUUUUCCGUGACCCCCCUAACUACACGGGAGGAUGAAGACGGGAUAGGGGGACUCUCCAACUUUGUGGCAACACAAGGAGGGAGCGGAAACUGGAUAAGCAAUUGUGAGCAGGAAAAAUCCCUAAUCAAAAAUUUCACCUUCCCUAAUGACCGUGAUACCAUUUCGAGCAGCGGCAACCCCUUCCUUGAAGAAGCAAUGAAUAGUGCCAUCCAGUGGGACCACAAUAAUCUCGCAUAUGGAGGCCAACACCCACUGGAACACGAAAUCAUCUACAAGAUAAUCGAGGCCAGACUCAAAUACAACGUUGAAGUGAAAAAUUACUUGUCCAAAAGGGAAAACGAAAAUAAUGAAGAAAUAAAAAACUUUUUAGAAAAUGAACUCCUGUCAUUAAAUCAAAUUGCAAAUAUGCUCAAUUGUAUUUGCUCCAUAAAUGACGAUGAAAAGUACAUGAAAUUGGUGACCCUUGCAUUAAAAGAUAUAAUCCUGAGCAAACACGAAAUUGUGGACAUUAAAACAUUCCGCCUUAUAACAAAAAUUCUCAUCAACAUCAGAAAUGUGUACCAAAAUAUUUUUUUCCCUUCUGAAUAUUCCUACUUAAAUAUGCUCACAAAAAAUUAUGUACAGGUUAUGCAAAAUUUUUUCCACUUUUUUAAUCUGUUGGACUAUUUCCAAGCUCUUCAAAUAUUUACAAAAUAUAAUUUGGCUGGAAAAUAUUUAAACCAUUUAAUAUCCCUCAACGAUGAACUAAACAAAGUGAAUAUAAAAAAUGUGAAUGUCCAUCUCGUUCAUCUGGUUCUAUACUUUUAUAACAAGUUGAAUUAUGUCAAUGAGAAAUUUAUUUCCAAUAUCCUCCACAAGUAUGCCUACUCCAUCGUGCAGCAGAUAAACACGAUAAACCUCGACGUGGUUGAAAAUUUAAUUAAGACCAACGACUUGUUACUUUCCCUGUGCGUCAGAAAUAAGGACAUUAUACAAUUAAACUAUCUGCUACUACAACGCUAUGGAAAUUUUUCUCGCCAAUUUAAAAUUGAGGACAAUGAUGAUGUAGAUGAAAGCGGAGUUGCCACCUCGCCCAGUGAACAAAAUAGUGUUGCACAGAUUGAAGAGGGAGAGUCACGAAAAGUGGAUAUAUUUUCCAAACAGUUUUCUUCCAAUGACGAGGGUACGAAUGCACACACAAAUGGCCGAACAGGGCAAGCCGCCUUUAUGAAACCAAGUGAGAAUAAAAAAAGGGAAGUGCUUGUAGAAAAUCCUUCCAUAUCUUCUGUCACAUUCCAACAGCAGUAUAACUCUCUUCCUACUGCACACGAACAAGAGGAGGAUGGAAGAUUUUCCCUAAAUAAUAAUCACCCCAGUGAGGGCACAUAUACCCAUGGAGCAUACCCAAUCGGUCACUGUCCACAAGCCCCCUUCGCACCGGAACAAAGGAACGGAAAAGACGUUACCACGAAUACCCUAGUUACACACACAUGCCAUCUUCCUUUAAAACAUAAGAUAAAAAUUAUUUACUUCUUGUGCAAAUUUCACCACUACAACGACCUCGUGAAAUCCUACUACAUGCAGCUAAUAAGUGAGUGCCUACAGAAUACAAGCGCUCUGCUGAAUGAAGAAGAUUAUUGCAAACUGUACGAAAUAUAUGUCCACGUAAUAUUGAAUUUUUAUUUUCUCUCCUUCAAUAAAAGUAACAAGUACAUCAAUUUUGUUUUAAGUAAUUUGCCAUGCUAUUAUUGGUACAAGAAAGAGGAAGAAAAACUAAACAUGUUCGUCUCCUCCAAAGAAUUCAGCGACAUUCAACAUAUUUUAAAAUUGCUCAAUAUUGAUUUCCUGGCACCGACCUUGACAGAAAUUUACUUCAUUCAUUUUUUUAACGACGUCAAGAAGACCAAUCACGCGCUCGCCAUCCCAGAAAGUGUCCUCCACUUGUACAAAACAUACAACCUCCUCAUCGACGACGUCCGCAAUAAGAGCGUUUCACUUUUGUGCGUCCCGGAGGAGCACGUCCUGCGCGAUGAACAUGGCAACAACAAAAACCUGAUAAAAGACAGCCAUUACGUUUACGAAAAUAUAAAAAAAACGUACCCGACUUCAUUAAUAUUCCUGAGCGAGUGGAAGACCCUAAAUGUGGAAGAAAAAUGCGACUACGUCUUGCGCGCUAUCCAUUCUUCGCUAAACGUCUGA